AUGUUUAUACAGACCGAGACCUUCUCAUUCAAUGUCCUCUAUGAAGGCAACCCAAACGCUCCUCUCGUCAUCCUAUCCCACGCAUUGAUGGCAAAUCUUCAUCUCUGGGAUUCAACAGUCCUCGCCCUUCAUGUAGCCGGCUACAGCACAAUCCGCUACGACCACGUCGGCCACGGAUCCACCUCGCGCCCAACAGAAAACCAGAUCGGAAAGCUCCACUUCGACGACUUUUGCCUCGAUAUUGAACGAAUAAUCUCCGCCGUCGCCCCCGAGAGAACACCAUUCGCAAUCAUCGGGUGCAGCAUGGGCGGCGUGCUUGCAAUCCGCUAUGCGAUGCUCCACCCCGGACGCGUCAAAAAAGUGGUCAGCUGCGGUGCGCCAGGGAUCAACAGCCUGGAGGAGUCGAAGCCAAAAUGGGCAGAAAGAAUUGAUUUGUUCACGCGUGAGGGCGUCGCGCCCUUGGCGGAGUUGACGGUUGAGCGCUGGAUUCCUGGGCCUUUCCCUGAAGGGGUGAGAGAUGAGGCGUUGAAACAAACGCUAGAGUGUACUCUGGAAGGAUAUCGGGCUUGCGCGGAUGCGAUUGUGAAUUAUAAGUAUAGAGAUGAGCUGGGGAAGCUCCAGACGGAGGACGUUAUGAUUCUUGUUGGGGAGAAGGAUAGCGCUAUCGGACCGAAGGAAUUGUCGGUAGAGCUUGCAAGUGAGAUAAGGGGAGGAAGAUUUAUGGAGCUGAAGGAUUGUGGGCAUGUUCCUCCUCUGCAUAGACGGAAGGAGUUCGAGAAGGUGAUUGUGGACUUCUUUGGUAGUUGA